UGCUUUGUUUUCAAAAUUGCGCGCGUAGCCCGUCACAGUGCACUAGGUGUGCGUUACUUCCAGCUGUGGUCGCUUUUAUCUCGUUAGUUACCGAAGACUGGAGUUUAUUUUCCAGCUCCGUGCUUCACAAGGCCUCAGCACUUCCAUCUCAGACUUUGGAGGAGCUUUCAGCGGAAGCCAUGAAGCAUACUAGCAAGAAAAAGCACAUUUCCAAAACUAAGCACCAGAAAAAAAAGAGCAAGACUGUGAAGGCAACAGAGGAUCACGGCAGCUCCAAGGAGGAUGUUGAGCGUGUUCCAGAUAGUCAAAGUAGUGAAGCACAGACUAAGAAAAAAGCAUCUACAACAGCUCCUCGCAUCAGGAAGAAAGAGAAACAAUUGAAACAUGUGUCUCAAACAACGAAGGACUACCUAAGCUCCUCUUUUGACUAUGUUGUACUCUCAGUUAUUGCUGGGAAACAGAAGAAUGCAAAGGCAGUACAGGAGCAUUUCAGAAUCAUGAAAGACAGGUUUUUUAAUCUUUGCUCAAAGCUGAUGGUUCCACCUGAUAACCUGGGAAAUCUUAAUCAGACCCGACAUUUGUAUUUUCUUGAGAAACAGAAGCUGAAUUCUGCGCAGGAAAUGUUACAGACAGUAGAGGCAGACUGUAAAAAAGUGUUUGACACCCUGGAAGAAAUAACUGGAAAAAAUGAAUCACUUGAGGAGAAGAUUAGAAUUUUGCGUGAUCAACUGGAGGAAUUGGAAUCUGAAAGCCAAGAGAUUUUACAGAGCUCUGAAAACACUGAGCUUCACCUUCCACCUUUGCCAGCGAGAAGCUUUACUGGGCCAACGUUACAGGAGGAAAUGUCAGAUAUACAGAACCCACAGGAAGUGCUCCAAUUGCUGAAUGCCGUUCAGAAUAAUAGGGGGGUGCAGGACAUGCUGGCAUUUCUGGCGGAGGCCCAGAGCAUUGCUGAUAAGCUUUGACCUGCGGUGUGGGGCUGCUUAACUAAACUUGUGAUAAGUUAAGUCACAGGUAGCGAAAUGAUCAGUACAGCUGAGCACAGUGACUAAAUAUUUUUUUAGUGAUUUUUUUAAAUAUAUGAAGUAUCUGAAAAAAUAUGAUAAUGUAAAUGAAUUCACAAUACAUAUUUAAUACAUUUUUUUUUUUUACAUAGAGCUGUAUAUUAACUUGUAUAUUAUUGAUUUGUGUAAUAAACAUUGCUGUUUUGGAGAUCCCCAUAAUUUUCAUGAUACGUCCACCUUGCUAAAAGGAUAAGUGUCUGUUGUGGGAUAUGGCUGGCCGUUCAUCCCGGCCAAUACCCCCAGGCCGCCAGGUGAAGCCCUUCUUGCAACAUAAAGGAGGAGUUCCAGCAGGGCAUCGUGGACAGUGGAGUUUUUCUUCACAGCCCUGCUGGAUUCCAUGGGGACCUCCAGGGGAUGCUGCAGAGUGGAGCAGGGAUUGCUAUUUUCCCUAUAACCCAGAAGUACGUCUUAGGCACGGUGACAGAGGAAAUGACGUAAUUCCGGGAUGAAGAAGAGGAGUUU